AUGAUUUUAUUUCUGAUUGUUAAUUCAUAUGAAAUUAAUCUUCAUCAGACUGAAUGGACAAAUAUUAAUGAUAAUAACAAUGAAAUACAACAUGAUUGUAUACAUAUUGCUAUUUCGACUGAACCUAAAACGAUUUUUGGUCAUUUUAACUUUGUGCACUUUCCUAAAAGUAAUUUUCGUCAGGUCAUUUCAUUAUGUAUGAGUGAAUGGACAUCGAACUGGACCUUGCAGAAAAAUCUUAGCAGCACAAGUUUUACUUUUGCUAAGCUUUCCGAACUGAAUAUUACUAGCCAACAAUUAUAUCUUUGGUCGGCACCGAUCGAUACUAUUGAAUCUUAUCAAGAGUAUUUAGAUCAACUUUCUACUUCAAAUAAAACAUUUUUGUCGACAAAACUAUUUUAUAAUUGUACGUUACCAAGAUUUGGUCCAUUAUGUCAAUACUCGAUCCCAAUGGCACAAGAGGAAGAAUUUACAUCAUUGCACGAUUUGAUUUAUCAUUCCUACCUCAGAACGAUAUAUAUGCCGUUGUCACUAACAUGUUACACUCAUUUACAAUGUGAUCUUGGUUCAACGAUGUUGUGUCUUGAUUGGAAUUAUAUUUGUGAUGGUUUUGUUCAAUGUAUCGAUGGGAUUGAUGAAAAAGAUUGCUGGCAAAUGGAAAUUAAAGAAUGUAAACAAAAUGAAUAUCGAUGUAAAAAUGGACAAUGUAUACCUUUGGUAUUUUUCAACGAUGAUUUCGCUGAUGCGGAAUGUCUCGACCAAUCGGAUAGAUAUUUAAAGAAUGAUGAUACGGGGCGUAUAGGCUCCACCACUGAUGUUCAAAGGCCAACAUUUAUAAAUGAAGACACUAUGUGUUUAGGAGAAGUUGGCAUUCGUAAUCCAACCAUUGAUAUGCCAUGUCAGCGACAGGACUAUUUAGUCGAUUUCAUGUUAUGGCACACUGCAAGAUCGAUGUCCCUUAACUGUUGGGUAGCGCUUAGUAAGUACUUUGGAUUGAUAAUUCGAGGAGUAACAUACGACAUGAAUCCCUGUCAAGGCACAUCAUGCCAUAAACUAAUAAAUGAGAGCUGUCUAGAUAUGUUUUAUAUGCCAUCUGUACCGAUUGUAUUUGGUCAUAUCUAUUUGGCUUAUUCAAAAGAAUAUCUCACUAGACAGAAACAAUGGACAAAUGUACCUGAAUAUUUAUGUUAUAACGAGAAAUUUUGUGGUGGAUUCAAUCCUGAUCAAAAAGUUGUUAUAUUCAAUAAUACUAUCUGCCGUCGUGUACAGGAUAUUCUGCCUGGUACCGUCCUAACUAGAGAUGGAAAUAAGAUGAUCUCGACAUAUAUUCGUCAGAUAUCUAUUGUUCUUUCUAAAUGCAAUACAAUUUUUCGAAAUAAUUCUGCUUUUUGUGAUAAUCGAAUUAUGUAUCAGUGUGUCAACUCUUCUAAGUGCAUAACAAAAAGUCGUCUUUUUGACCGCUAUCAAGAUUGUGAUUAUGGAGAUGAUGAGAUCAUAGAACGACAGAUUUUAACUGAUAAUGUUUGUUUGAAUGGAACAUCCCAAACACAUUUCAUGUGUCCAAAAACAAAGAAAUGUAUCUCUCAAAAGCUGAUCAGAGAUUCGAACUGUGACUGCGAACAAAUUAAUGACGACCGCAACACAUGUCCUGAUGAAGAUGUUGGAGUCAAACACAUUAGAGAACUUAUAUCUUUUCCAACAAUCUGUGAUGGUUUUCGUGACUUAGCUCCUUUGAUGAUUGAUGGACAAAAUCACACGGACGAAACUGAAUGUAGUAAAUGGGUGUGCAACAAUACAUACACUCGUUGUAACGGUUUUUGGGGUUGUUUCAAUGGAGCUGAUGAAGUUGAUUGUUAUCCAUCAUUAUUAUCGCGUUUGAAUUGUCCAACUCAUAGUCACUUAUGUAUUUCACCUAACACAAGCAACUUUAUGUGUCUUUCAAUGAACAAAGGUAAUGAUGGUAAUAUCGAUUGUCUUGGUGCGACUGAUGAGCCACAUUUAUGUCGAAAUGAUGCUGAAAUCUAUGGAUCUGGAUUUUAUUGUGGGCCAGGUAUUAUCGAUACUCCUGCAUGUAUACCUCGUACUCAGCUUUGCUUAGAAGGUUUUCCAAUACCAUAUUGUAGAAAUAAUGAGCUUCACAAGUUUUGUCCACUAGUUCAGACUAAAAUGCUUUUCCCUUUGAAUGGUUGUGAACGAGAAGACGUCGAUAUUAAGCAUCCAACUGACGAAAUUUUAUGUAAUCUUUAUAAAUUUACACCCAAUGCCGAGAUUGUGCACUUUUCUCUUGGUAAAACAAAUAAUAGCAUGUCGAGACGUCCAUUUUCUUAUGUUUUGACUUAUUAUCCUCGAUUACCGUGUCAUCGUGGUAUUGGUUUGGGUGUAUCAAUAGUGAAUAAUGACAAGAAUGUUAUUCGUCAGAUAUGUCUUUGUCCUCAAAACUAUUAUGGUAAUGAUUGUCAAUACCAAAAUCAACGAGUCAGUCUCACUAUGAAAUUCCAAACAUUUUCUGAUUCGUGGCAAACACCAUUUACUAUUAUUGUUUCACUUAUUGAUGAAAACUAUGAACGAAUUAUUCAUUCAUAUGAACAAAUCACUUACCUACCAAUACAAUACUGUCAAACAAAAUUCGAUAUUUAUUUACCUUAUUCCACUCGACCAAAAAAUGAAUCAAAACAAUAUUCAAUACAUAUUGAUGUUUAUGAAAAAUUGUCAUUAAAAUAUCGAGGAAGUUUAUUAAUACCAGUAACAUUUCUGUUUUUACCUGUUCAGCGAAUUGCUGUUUUACUUAAUAUUCCACAUACAAGCUUUGAUUUCAAAAGUUGUUCAAUAGAUAAAUGUAUUCAUGGUCAAUGUACUAAAUAUUUUGAUGAUCCAGAUCAUCGAACUUUUUGUCGAUGUCAUGAAGGAUGGACUGGUCGAUAUUGUACAAUUAAACAUAACUGUACAUGUUCAUCUGAUUCUUUAUGUAUUGGUAUAUCAUCAAAUAAUCGUUCAAUUUGUGUAUGUCCGAUAAAUAAAUGGGGUCCUCGAUGUUCAAUUCCAGAUUAUAUAUGUCAAUCGAAUAUAUCAUGUCAAAAUGGUGGGCAAUGUAUAUCCAUUGAUCAACAUGUUGCAUCUGCUGAAAAAUUCGAAUGUAUUUGUCCAAAAGAUUUCUUUGGAGAUCGAUGCGAAUUAACAUCAAACAAGAUAAUCUUAUCAUUUGAAAAAGAUUUAAUUUUACCUGAAACAAUGUUAAUUCAUUUCAUUGAAGUCAAAGAAAAAAAUGAUCCUGAAAAAGGAAUUACGUUUAAAAAAAUUUCAAUUAAUCGAAAUCCAAUAAGUAUUUAUUGGCCACGUCCAUUUCAUAUUAUUUUUGUUGAACUAUUUCGUAAGAAUUAUUAUUUAGUUUUUGUUGAUAAAAUCUACAAUGAAUCAACGUUAAUUGAAAAAAGAAUUAAAUCAUCCGAUCAUUGUCCAAAUAUUCAAGAAAUAUUCAAUGAAACAUUUACUAAACUUCAUCUUAUUCGUCGUAUUAAAUAUUUUCAUGUACCAUGUCAAAAUCUCUCAAGAAAAUUAUCAUGUUUUUAUGAUGAAGUUUAUUUUUGUUUAUGUGUUGAUUUUGGUAAUCAACGUAUAGCUAAUUGUUUUGAAUUUAAUCAUACAUCAAAACGUGAUUGUUCGGGAAAAAGUCUUUGUGAAAAUAAUGGACAAUGUCUACAAGAUAGUCAAACUUGUCCACAAACAUCAAUGUGUGUUUGCCCAACAUGCUUCUAUGGUACCCAAUGCCAAUUUACCACAAAUGGAUAUAGUCUUUCACUUGAUGCUAUUUUGGGUUAUCACAUACAACCAAAUAUAUAUAUUAUACAUCAAACAAUUAUCAUUCAAAUAAGUUUAACAUUAACAGUACUUAUGAGUAUAAUAGGACUUGUUAAUGGUAUUUUCCUUCUAAUCACAUUUCAAAACAAGAUUUUAUGGAAAAGUGGUUGUGCAAUUUAUCUUUUAGGUUCAUCAAUAACAACACUAUUUACAAUAAUAAUAUUUUUUCUUAAAUUUAUAAUAUUAUUACUUUCACAAAUGACAUUUAUAACGGAUCGUUCAUACUUAAAUUUUCAAUGUAUAAUCACUGAUUAUUUCUUGCAAAGUGGUCUUCAUAUGGAUCAAUGGUUAAAUGCAUGUGUAGCACUAGAACGAGCUAUUACUACAAUAAAAGGAAUUAAUUUUAAUGCAAAAAAAAGCAAAAAAAUUGCUAAAUUCAAUUUAAUUAUAUUAUUCAUUUUUAUAAUUAGUACAAAUACCAUUGAUCCAAUUCAUCGACGUUUAAUUGAUGAAAAUAAUAAUGAUGAAAAACGAAUCUGGUGUAUCGUUAGUUACUCAUCCAGUAUUCAGAUAAUCAAUAAAAUAAUAAAUAUUUUUCAUAUUUGUGUACCAUUUCUUAUCAAUAUAAUUUCAACAAUAAUUAUUAUCAAAAAAACUACUCAACUUCGAUCAACUGCACAAGCUAAAGAAGCUUAUAAAAAACUAUUAAUUCAACAAAUUCGAGAACAUAAGCAUCUUUUAGUCUCAUCAAUUCUAUUGAUUAUUCUUGCUAUACCACGUUUAAUUAUUACAUUUGCUGCAGGUUGUAUGAAAACACCAGCGGAUUCUUGGUUAUUUCUUAUGGGUUAUUUUAUUUCAUUUUUGCCACCUAUACUCUCAUUUAUUAUAUUUGUUUUACCAUCAAGCUUAUAUAAAAAAGAAUUUCAUAACACUAUGCAUCGUUAUCGACAAAACAUAAAAUCACGGUUUCAUUUUACUACAUAG